CUCACACCAAACUGCCUCCUUUGCAGCAGGCUCGAUCCUUAGGAGGUCUGAUCCAGCAAAACACAUCUCCCCCUCCCCCAUUCCAUAGGGAAGGGGCUGUUCUGUCCACCUGCACUUUGUUAGAGAGCAGCAGCGUGCUCACAUGCAACUCCACAAGAGCCCACAGUGACAUAACUUCAUCCAGAGAAUGGCGUGAUUGGGCUGGUCCCCCCACCCUCCUCGGCUCUUGUAUCACUGAGAGUCUCGCGGCCAGUUCCACCCUGACAGAGUUCACGGCAUAUAUUAGUGGGUCCUUGUUCACCGUGCGUCUGUUUAAGGAAUUAACGGAAGCAGUGUCAAGAGACUAAGGAUUCAAAGCACUUGCUGAAAAUGAACCUAUGUGCAUCUGCUCUUGUCUUGGCAUUAGUCGGUAGUGUCAGUGGCCAAUACUAUGAUUAUGAAAUGCCUGCCUUCAUGUAUGGGCAACUUUCACCCAACUGUGCACCUGAGUGUAACUGUCCACACAGCUACCCCACCGCCAUGUACUGUGAUGAUCUGAAGUUGAAAAGUGUGCCCAUGGUGCCUCCUGGUAUUAAGUACCUUUACCUGAGGAAUAACCAGAUUGACCACAUUGAUGAAAAGGCUUUUGAGAAUGUCACUGAUCUGCAGUGGCUCAUUCUUGAUCACAACCUUCUAGAAAACUCCAAGAUAAAAGGGAAAGUUUUCUCUAAGCUGAAACAACUGAAGAAACUGCAUAUAAAUUUCAACAACCUGACAGAGUCGGUCGGUCCACUUCCGAAGUCCCUGCAAGACCUACAGCUUGCCCAUAAUAAGAUCAGCAAGCUCGGCUCCUUCGAAGGGCUCGCAAACCUGACCUUUAUUUACCUUCAACACAACCAGCUCAAAGAGGACGCUGUGUCGGCUUCUCUGAAAGGCCUCAAAUCACUAGAGUACCUUGACUUGAGCUUCAAUCAGAUGAGCAAGCUGCCUUCUGGUCUCCCAACAUCUCUUCUGACACUCUACCUGGACAAUAAUAAGAUCAGCAACAUCCCGGAUGAAUAUUUUAAACGUUUCACGGCGCUGCAGUACCUGCGGUUAUCUCACAACGAACUGGCUGAUAGUGGGGUACCCGGAAACUCCUUCAAUAUCUCAUCCCUGCUCGAGCUGGACCUCUCCUACAAUAAGCUGAAAAGCAUUCCAACGGUUAAUGAAAACCUUGAAAACUAUUACCUGGAGGUCAACGAGCUCCAAAAGUUUGAUGUCAAGAGCUUCUGUAAGAUCUUGGGGCCACUGUCUUACUCCAAGAUCAAGCAUCUACGCCUGGAUGGUAAUCCCCUCACCCAAAGCAGCCUGCCACCUGACAUGUACGAGUGUCUACGUGUAGCGAGUGAAAUCACUGUUAAUUAACAUCUUCCCACUCCAAUACAUUGAAGUACGUUCUGGAGCAGCACUUCAUGGUUAGGUAUUUGGGGGAUGUGUGUAAAGUUUUCAAAGUAUUGUCUUGUUGUUGUUGCUGUUGUUAUUACUUCAUGGAUUUUAAUUAAUGAAGGAAAUGUUUUGUGAACAUUUGCCACUUUUAAAAUAAAAGAUGAAAAGCAGGCCUAUUUCAUCGUGAGAAGAGACACACAAAAACACAUUAAACUUACGUCUUUGUUUGUAAAUUUAGUGUUUUCUACAGCUCUAUGUUCAAAAGACAUGAAGGCUUUUUAUUGAUUGCAUGGAAAUCAGCCAAGUUUUUAUGGUCCCUAAUUUUUAAUUGAAUGACUUGAAAAAACAUCAAAUAAAUAUGCAUGAAAGUUUGUUAUCCUAAUCCAAAUUAUUUUGACAUGUUAAAUUAGUUUUACUAAAAUAUAGAGUCUGUAUUUUGAGACUAGUAAUUUUGCAAUAUACCAAAGGAAAUUUAUGAAGACACAUCCACCUAAAGAAAUGUAUUUAGUAGUAAGGAUUUGCAUAGUUACUUAAUGCAACUUUUCUUGGUUCAUUUUUCUCUGUCAUAUGUAUGUUUCUUUUUGAUUAUUUGCAUGUUAUGAAUAACAAGCUAAUAGCAAAAUAAAACAAUGCAAAUGGCAUCAGGGUGUUAAUUCUUACGGAAAUCAUAUCUCUUAUAAAACACAUAAAGCUGCAUGAACACAUCAACAUGGCCCUAGCUUGUAGUAUUUCACUUGUCUGAUCAUAGAAUUUACCAGUUUGUCUUACAGUAGUAUCAGCUUGCAAUGGAUUACUAAACCCGUAUCAUAAAAUGCAGAUAGAUCCCACACCUUUUUGGAUACUGUUGGCGUCACCAUUCAUUUUGUUUUCUUCAAUUCUGUAUGGUGGGACUCCAUUCCAGAAGGAACUCGGGAAAAAAUCUCAGCAGUCACUGCUGAAUUUGUAAAUGAAAGUGGUGAGAUAUUCUAAGACCAAGACCAAUAAAUUUAAAACAUUCUGGAAAAAAAAAAAACAUUUUAAAAUAACAGUCAUUGUGUCCUUAAUCCAAUGUGUUUGAGAAAUAGGUAUUGACUUUGUUUCAGUAAUGACAGAUUUCAUUGCUCCAUACGGAUGCACGGUUGUUCACAACAGGAAACAGUGGGAAAUGCCACUAAGGAAAACAACCUUUUGUACCCACUGGACAUUAACGCUUUUGUUGUUGUUUUCUUUUAUUUUUUUACUUUUAAUUUGUUUAUUUAUUGUUUUUUAUUAUUAUCAUUUAUUCAAUUUGUAUCCUGGCUGUGUUCCCCUCCAUCAUUCCCUCCCAAUCACAUCCUCCUUCCUUCUUCCCCCUUAUGUCCCUCCCCCAGUCCACUGUUAGGGGAGGUCCUCCUCCCCUUCCAUCUGACCCUAGCUUAUCAGGUCUCAUCAGGACCAUCGGCAUUGUCUUCCUCUGUAGCUUGGAGAGGCUGUAUCCCUCGGGGGAGGUGAUCAGAGAGCCUGCCACUGAGUUAAUGCCAGGGAAAGCACCUGAUCCCCUUACUAGGGACCUAUUUGGAGGGUAGGCUCACAGCCAUAAAUAAUUUAUGUUUUAUUCCUAGAUAUUUUUAUUCUGAGAGAGUUCUGUGCAAUGUAUCUUGAUUAUAUUCACUCCCAUACCUCAAUUUUCUCCUAAGAAUGACCAACCUACACAUACAUACUUCAUGUCAUUUGUGGAUCUGAUUUUUUUUAAUUGAAAAUAUUUUUUUCAGAGUAUAUUCUGAUCAUGUUUUCCCCUCCUUAAUUUGUUUCUAGAUUCUUUCUAAUUCCCCAUGCUGAACAUGCCUUCUUUUUUCUCUCUCACUCUUUAGGAAACAAGCAGGUAAACUAAAACAACAAUGACAAAUAGAAUAUAACAAACAGUAAAAAAAUAUAAAAAGAGAAAGAAAGUAAAAGUAUAAGAAACACAUAUACAAAUACACACAUAAAAUAAAUAAAUAAAAACACUGUGAACAAUAUUAGAUAAGCAAAAGACCAGUAAGGUAAAAAAACAAAACAAAACAAAAGACAUACACGGACAAAACAUUAUGAGAUGAAAAAAAUAAAAUAAAAACAAAACAAAACAAAACAAAAAAACCCUCCCCAAACUGAAUUUGUUUUCUGGUGGCCAUCUACUUCUAGGUAUUGGGCUUGCCCUUAUGUGUGAUUUGUAGACGCACUGAGACUCCAUUUUUUUUUUCCUUUGUGAAUGGUCACCAGUUGGAGAUAGCUUUUUGGUUAUGGAUGAUUGCUUGUGUCCACCUCUCCCCAUCAGUGUAAACAUUGUUAUCAAGUGUUGUGUGGUCAAAACUACACUCAUCCAGAACCCACUGUGUAUGAACCCAAAAUAAAAGGAAGCAUGUCUUUGUA